UAUCUGUCCUUUUAGGAGAAGAAGGGAUGCUUGUUUCUUCAUACCUCUGUUUAAAAGGACUCUUUUUGAUACUGCUGACUUGAAACCGUUUGCGUGCUGGUUACUUUGCCCUACCUGUGGAGGAUCCCGGUAGUCAGCCAGCCUCUGGAGCCCAGUGUAGCCCCAGCAGCAGCCACCAUGCUGGGCUUGGAUGUGUGUGAGUUUGGGGGUCAGGUUCUGGAGCUUCUCUGGCUAACCAUGUGUUACCAAGGUUUGAUGGCGGAUAAGGAGGAGAAGCCUGUGGGAGAGGAGGACGAUGAGACAGACCUGAACUACACUCCACCAGCCCAGAAGAGCCUGCAGGAGAUACAGGAACUAGACAAGGAUGAUGAGAGUCUCAGGAAAUACAAACAGACUCUACUAGGAGCUGGACCAGUGGUGGCAGACCUGACCAUUCCCAAUGUCCAGGUCACCAGACUGACCCUGAUGUGUGACCAAGCACCUGGCCCCAUCACCAUGGACCUCUCAGGUGACCCGGAGGCUCUGAAGAAGAAGAGUUUCACCAUGAAGGAAGGAGUGGACUACAGAGUGAAGAUACACUUCAAGGUUAACAGGGAUAUUGUGUCUGGGCUGAAGUACGUCCAUCUGACCUACAGGAAAGGAAUCAGAGUGGACAAGGCGGUGUACAUGGUGGGCAGCUACGGGCCGCGGGUGGAGGAGCACGAGUUCAUGACCCCGGUGGAGGAGGCGCCCAAAGGCAUGAUUGUCAGAGGCAGCUACCACAUCAAGUCCCACUUCACCGACGACGACAAGACCGACCACCUCUCCUGGGAGUGGAACCUGGGAAUCAAGAAGGACUGGGAUGAAUAGAGAG